AUGCUGGUCGCACUUUUUGGGGCUUUUUUGGUAGGCCAAAGCUUCGCCUACAACUACUUGGUUUACAAUCCUUUAUUCGCCCAUAGUCAUGCUUCGUUUCUUGGAAAACUGGCCGAUACUCUGACCGACGCCGGCCACAACGUUGUAAGUGUCUUUCUGGAAACGUUUCACUCAUUUUCGCUACUCAGAACACUUGUUUAAUAACUACAGACUGGAAAAAAGAAUUUAGUUGGGUUCUGAACCCUCGGUUCCAGUUUUUGAUCUAAUUUAUUACCAAAAUGUGUACAUUUUGAUCCAUUUAUUCCUUACCGUUUUCUCAAAAUUCCUGUAAGAAAAAUUUUGAAGUCAUUUCCAGACAAUGUUCGCCCCGGUGAUGAACUACAGGCUGGCAGAAAAACCGGUGACAAAAUCGACGACAGAUAUCAUUACCAUGGAGGUAAAUUGUUGAGAUUGAACUUUUUCAAAAACUUGAUUUGAGCCUGACGAGUAUCUCAACGAUUUCCAACAUCAAAUGGACAAUGCCGAUUUCGGACUCUACUGGAUCCACAACACUGAUGUUUUCAGUACUCAGCAGGCUUGACAUUUUCCAGUUUCUUUCUAGUUUUGGUGUUUUUCAGAUGAUCGACGUUUUCAAUAUGACUUUCCACAGGCAAUGCGAAUGUAAGUCUUAUUGAAAAAUCGUGGUCGCACGAGGAAUGGCUCAGAGACCGCCUUAAAUUGCAGUCGAGUCGAGAUCUGAUACGAAACUUAAGAUAGUCCUCUCAUUAUUUGCGAUAUCACGGCUCAAAGUUUGAUCUAAUGUUUGAACAGAUCCUGAAAAGUUAUUCAGUUUAUGUCCCCUUCCCCGCCUACCCCGUCUUUCAAGUCGGAAAAAAUCGACUAUAAUUUAGUCUAAAUUUAGAAAAAAAUUUAAAAAAAUUUAGUCUUGAUUUUUAAAUUAUUAAGAAAUUUUCAAGUCUUCCGCGCCCAAAAAAGUACAGCAUUUUUGGAAAAAUCGGCGAUUCAAACGCGUCCAUUCGCUCCAAAGAAAUUGAGCUUUUGUAUAAAAAAAAAUUUCAGUACUCUCGGAAAAUCAACAAGUCCUACAGAGAUUGAAAAACAAGAAAUACGACGUCAUCCUCUUUGAACCCUUCAAUGUCUGCGCCUUCAGUACGUUUAACAGCUGAUUCAAGGCUCGCUUGAGUAAUUUUGAAAUGGGUCUUGACACGACAAAAAAGAGACAAUAUUGGUUGAGAGGUAGACAGGCCAUGCUCUUUUUCAAGCUAGCCAUGAAUGGGCUCAAAAGCUUUUUUCAUGAAUAAGCCAUCUUUUGAAGAUCUGCGCCGGUUUUUGGAAAUCCCUACAAUGAUCAUUUCAACUUCCUUGCCUCUGGACGAACACACGUCCAGGUAUAUUGGCGAGCCGAUCCCCGCCAGCUACGUUCCAGGUUAUUUUUUGAAGCGUGGCCAUUAAUUAAGAAGAAAAAUUCUUCCCCGUAACCAAGGUGAUCAUUUUAGUCGGGCGGGAGUUUUCCGUAAACUCAAAAAUUUAAUGGAGAUACAGACAAAGGCUCCGAAUAGUUGCUACCUCCCCAAACUUCUAGCUUUGGAGAUGGUUUCUCAAAAUUCGCGGUAAUACAGAAUCAGACUUUAUAUUUAUAUUUCAUAUCUUUGUAAAUUCAUAUUUUUCGAACUACCAUUUUGCGCAAGUAGCCAAUAUGAUAAACUUCUUUGUUAGAAUUUCAGCUGCUUUUUUCUUUAUCUUCUCAUAUCAAAGGCGCUUUCGCUUUCCCAAAAAUUGAUAUUUAUGAGUUUUUCUAUAGUGCAAUCUACCACAUUGCAAUAUUCUACAUGUUGCCCAAAAUAUGAUCGUUUGAAACAGAAAACCAAAGUUUGCAAAAAUUUUUUUGCAGUUAUUUCAUGAUGAAGAUUUUUUUUUUCAAAGCGAGAGAAAUUUUUGAAAUCCAAAAAUAUUUUUCAUCUUCUUUGAUAUUGUUCUAAAAAAAUCUCUCAAGUUUGAUUUUUUUCCGAAAUAUUUCAUAAGAAGCUCUAAAAUUAAAAAUCGACCAUUAAUUGCACAUUUUCAAAAUUUCUAAAUAACCGCUUUUCUAAAAAAGUUUUUUUUUGGAGCUAAGAUUUCAGGCUUUCACAGAUUAUUGAAACGGACUAUGUAUGGAAUAUCGCUUUUUCGUAUUUUUAAGACUUACAAGGAGAGGAAUUUUACUUUGCGGAUCUAAAAUUCUAAAAUCUUAAAAAUCUGUCCAGAAACUCCCUGAUGUACUAAAUAGGGUGAAAGUUGAAAUUCUCAACAUGUACAUCUUUCUAGUUUUUAGGUACCUCAAAACGAAAUGAAACCCUCAAACUCUGCUAUUUGGGGUUUUGAGCCCUCACUCCUCGAUAACUAAAAAGUUGUUCAGGUUGAGGCUUUCCGGAUCUUAUUUUGGUACAUCAAUGAGUGUUCUGGCUAAUUUUGAGAAAAAUCUCGACCACAAAAUAAUAUGAUCUCCCUUGUUACCUUUUUAUCAGUAAGGACGAAUAAAAUAGGUCUAUGGUCUCAUUUCGGAGAGGUGAUGAAUCUGAAAGAGCGCAUGUGGAACGUCUUCGAGCAGCUCUUCUACCGCGACGCCACGGCCAGUCUUCAGCCUGAAAUAUUCCGCAAACUCGGCGUUGAGCCAUACGAUAUCACUGUUCGUCGUUAACUUGUUUCUCAGUCUCUCGAAAUAAUUUUUCAGGAAGAGUUCUCCAAGACUUCCUUCGUUUUCGUCAACUCGAACCCCUACAUAGAUUUCCCGCGUCCGACGCUCCACAAAACAGUCGGAAUCGGCGGCAUAACGGUCAAUGUCACGAAAAUACGUCAGCAGACUCUAGAAAAGGUAAGUUGGCCUCGCCAUUUAUCGGCAUAAGAAAUUUUCAUCGAGUUGCAGAACUGGCACGAGCUUUUGAACGCGAAAACGAAGACAGUACUCGUUUCUUUCGGCUCCGUUAUGUUUUCCAAGGACAUGCCGAUAGAAUAUAAGUAAGAUAUAUUGUCCUCAGAACGUUUUUGAGCUUCAGUGAUCUUUUAAGUGGGUUUAGGUUGCAAAAAGUCACUAAUUAGCUCAGAAACGUCCGAUUUGCACUGUCAGCCAGAAAUAUCUCGGAAAAAAAACUCUAGAUUGAACCUGGUUCGUGUGAUGAAGUCCUUCCCAGACGUGACGUUCAUUUGGAAGUACGAAGACGACGACGUGUCCUUUGCGAAAGACGCCUCGAACAUUGUCUUCACCAACUGGGUCCCACAAUCCUCUCUUCUAGGUUGAUGCGAAUGAGUAUUGAGGAAAUGGAGAAACUUACAGCGGACGCGAGACUGAGCGCCUUCGUGACCCAUGCUGGACUCGCCAGUGCAACCGAGCUCUCUUAUCUGGGAAUUCCUGCAAUCACGGUGUGUUCUUUUUCGUUUGGGUUAUUCUGAAAAAGUUGUUGAAUGGUCCGGAAACAGUGAACCUCGAAAAACUCAAGUAGUUCCUAAAAAGUAUUGGUAUGAAAGUUCUUAGUCAUGAUACUUGAGGUGCCGCUGUUCGCCGACCAAAUGCGCAAUGCUCGAAUGCUUGAAAGGCACGGGAACUCGAUUUCCAUCGACAAACUCGACCUCGGACACUAUGAGACGAUAAAAGACGCCCUGCAGCGGAUAUUGUACGAAGAAGAGUGAGUUUUUUUCAUUUCAUGAAAUGCAUUAACACGGGCAAAGGACCCCAAAAGAUCUUUUGGAAACGAGAAAGGACCUUUUUUAAAAGGAGAAAGGACCCUUGAAUAGGAAAAAGGACCUAUGCAGGAGAAAAAAAGGUGAAAAAAUGAUUCCGAGACAUUUUUGACACGUUUUUAGAAUUGCGAAAAGGAGCUUUAGAUCCUUCUUUCAAAGGUCGUUUGGACGUGUACCUGAAAAAGAUAACUCCUUUUCAUCAAAUGAUAUUUUUCAAUGUAGUUGAACUUCAUGAAGAUGACCGAAUAAGGGAAAAUAAACUUUAGUGUAUAAAAAAAUAUCAUUUUUCAAGGAAUUUUUUUCUACACUGAGAAGAUAGGAAACCGUUUUUCUCUUUCCUGAAUAUUAUAACCAUCAAAAUCAAGCUUUUAACGGUUCAAAAUUUUUUGAUUUUAAUCGUUGAAUUUGAAAAAUCAAUUUCAUAAUGUUUGAAUUUAAAUCCAAAAGUUUUCAACGGUUGACCGGUUGAAACUGUUAAACAUGUUUGAAACCAGUUCAAAUUUUGGAAAAAGUUCGAACGGUAGGAAAGGAUGACUACACUGCGGCUUCUGUACUGAAUCUCCGUUUCAGAUUCACAAAAAACGCGAAACUUCUCGCGGAGCAGCUCGCCACGCAGCCCAUUUCCCCGAGAGAGCUUGUGAUCCGACAUGCGGAAUUCGCAGCGAAGUUGGUUCACCCAAAGUUCAAAGUCGAUUUCUACUCCUCUUAGGUUCGGCCAAAUCGCGAGUCUGGAUCCGCAGGGACGGAAACUCUCCACCUUCCAGUACUAUCUGGGCGACGUCGCUCUUGUAAUACUGGCCACUGUUUUCCUUGUUUCUCUGCUCCUUCUCAAGUUUUUCCGUUUACUGUCAAGCUUCCUUUUCAGGUCAAGGUCUUCGAAAAGAAAAACUGAAUGA